AUGACUUAUGAGGACGAGGAUGGGAAUAUUAGGUUGCUACCUGGGUUUAAGUUUGAUCCUACAGAUGAGGUUCUUGUGGGUUUCUACCUAAAAAGGAGGGUCUUUUCUCAACCUUUUCCUAUUGAAAUCAUCCCAUAUUUUGAUGUGUUUCAGAUUGAGCCUUGGCGUAUACCUGAAGGAGAUGGAAAUAUUUUCAAUGAGCGCAAGUGCUUCUUCCACAACACUAUGGGGCGUGACCUUGAAAACCUUGACAUGAUAGUUGCUGGGAGUGGCCAGUGGAGAGUUAUGGAAAAAUGGAAAGAUGUUCUUGUCCCUAAAAAUAAUGAGGUCAUUGGUAAGAAGAACAUCCUGAAUUUUUGGGAAGUGCAAGGAGACUGUGCCAGGAGGACUAGAUGGGUGAUGCAUGAGUUCCGCCUUGCGUUAAUAACUAACCCAUCUAAGAUGGCAAACUGGGCUGCGUACCGCAUCUUUCAGAUUCAGGAUGAAAAGAAUGCUAAAUGGGGUAUAAUGAGGAAAGCGCCGAUAAUGGGAGUGUUGAAGUCUUUGAUUUCAGUGCUGAGAGUGGAAGUUUUUCAAGCCCUCCCAAAUGACUCCUUCCUUGGGCCAGGGCAGUGA